AGCGAGACUGGGGCCGGCAUGGCGAGUGGGACCCUGAGGGGAGCGAGACUGGGUGGGGCCGGCAUGGCGAGUGGGACCCUGAGGGGAGCGAGACUGGCGUCCGAGGAGCGGGAGUGGGGCAGACGGGCGGCCCGGCUGCGGGCCGAGCUGGAGCGGGAGCGGCGGCUGGAUGAGGCGCUGCGGGCGGCAGAAGAGAACAGAAAGCAGAGAGCGCUGCAGCUGGAGCGAGAGCAAAAGCUGGCGGCUGAGCUGGCGAGGCGGGACCGCGAGAAAAUUAAAGAUGAGAAGAUCAGGCAACAAGUCAGAGCAAACAGUCUUGAACUUCGAGAGUUAGAAAGAAAGCUGAAAUCUGCUUAUAUGAAUAAAGAACGUGCUGCACAGAUUGCUGAAAAAAAAGCUAUAUACAAUGAGAAAAUGAAAUGGGAGGAUGAAGUAGCCCAAGAGAUGAAGGAAGAUUAUGACAGGUAUCUGAAAGAAGAAAUGUCUGCAGAACUGAGGCGAAACCAGGAGAAGAAAACGUACCAUCAAGAACUGGACAAACAGGUUGAGGAACAGGAGAAGAAGAAGCAAGAGGCUUAUGAAGAGUUUCUAAGAGAGAAACACAUGAUUGAUGAAAUUGUAAAAAAGAUCUAUGAAGAAGACCAAAUGGAAAAACAACGGAAGUUAGAUAAAAUAAGAGAAACUCAGACAUAUAUUGAAGAGUUUAUAAAAGAACAAGCUAUCUGGAGGAAAAGGAAACAGGAGGAGAUGGAAGAAGAAAAUAGGAAAAUUAUGGAGUUUGCUAACAUGCAACAACAAAGAGAAGAUGGUUGGAUGGCUAAAGUUCGAGACACUGAGGAGAAAAAACAGAGAGUUCAAAACAUGGUUGCCAAGACCAUGGAAAGAGAAGAACAGAGGCGUAAAGAACAGGAACAAAUCCGCCAAGAUCUGUAUCUGGAAGAACAAGAAGCGAUAGAAAGGAGGAAGGAGAUGGAAGAAAUUGAAAAGAGAAUAAGGCAGCGCCUAGACUUAAGGCAAACAUAUGAAAAGCAACUUGCUCUAAAGGCAGCAGCACAACAAGCUAUGAGAGAAGAGGAGGAAGCUCUCCGGCAGCGGAUUUUGGCCAAGCUGGCCGAGGAAGAUCGCAUUGAGCAGCUGAACACGCAGAAAAGGAGAAUGAGACAGCUUGAACACAAAAUGGCCGUGGAAAAAAUUCUUGAGGAACGUCGCAAACAGUGUAUUGCAGAAAAAGAGCAUGAACUUCAAGAAAGAGAGUUAGAGAAGAGAAGACAAGAAAGUAUCCGUGCAAUUAUUGAAGAGGAGAGACAGAAACUCUUGAAAGAGCAUGCAUGGAAAUUGCUGGGUUAUCUUCCUCGAGGAAUACUCAAAGACGAAAACGACAUUAACAUGCUUGGAGAAGAUUUCAGGUUGGCUUACCAGCAGAGAAGAGGUAAUGAACAUUCAGAAGAGAGCUGAACCUUCCCCCAGCUCAGCUCCUGCUUUGCCACUAGGUGUCAUCUGAUUCCCAGUGAAAACUUCCAUUUGCUUUUAACAGUGAGCAUUAACAGCCUUCAUUUUAAAAUCAAAGUUCUAAACGGAUGAGCAGUUAGUUUUAUAGAAGUGUGUGCUUGUGUGCUCCACUUGCAUUUUUCACCAAUAAACUGUUCUGGAGUUCUCA